AUGACAACGACGGUUAAUUCUGAUCAGCAUGAAGACAGUGAAGGUGUUGAAGAUAAAGAAGUUGAAUCAAACAGUCAUAAAGAAGAAAUCGAAGGCGACAAGACCGGAGAACCACCAGCAAAAAAGAAGAAGAAAAGGGGAAUGAAUAAAAACAGGCCAAGAGCAGUACAACUUGAUUUCAAAGUUCAGUUAUGCAACAGUAUUGCAAGGGGUGACGAAUGUGCAUAUGGCGAUAAAUGCAGAUAUCUGCAUGACGUUACAAAGUACAUGGAAAAAUACAAAGCUUCUGAUAUAGGAGAGAACUGUGUAAACUUUGAGAAGUUUGGUUAUUGCAUAUAUGGUGUAACAUGUCGGUAUGGAAAGAAACACAUUUCCAUGGAUUUAAGAAAUGUUGUGAAUGCAGAGUUAUAUGAAGAAACUGGUUCUUUGAGGACGAAGAGUGUUCUAAGCAAAGAGCUGACAAAUGUUUUGAGGAAAAGGAAGUAUGAAUUUCCUCAGGCUGAGACAUAUUUGAAGCAUCUAGCAAAAGUGAAGGCUGAAGGAAAGCCUAACAGUGAACUUGGAAACUUGGCGAGAAUUCCUGCCAAACUUGAGGGGCCUGCCUCUGAUGAGGAUGUUAUUAAGCUCAGACCUGAGGAAAAGAAAAAGGUGAAAUGGAGUAAAUUUUAAGUUUAAUUUGGUGAAGAGAUGGCACAGUCUCUGCGUGUUAUAACAUGGCUGUUACUAAAGCGGGGGUGAAUGCAGGACUGGUGAUGUAAGCAUAUUUUAAAAGGGAAUACAAAGGAGAAGGCUUUUGACUAAGCAAUAACAUAAUGUGAACUGCUGAGAAUACAUAUCAUACAUAUCUGCAUAUUUUGCAGAACACGAGUUGUAUUAGAAAGCUACAAGUCAUCUCGGGGGUGGGGGUGGGGGGGCACACCCCUAAGCUUGCAUCCUCCCCCUAGUUCUGCCCCGGUAAAGGUGGUCUUCUCUAGCAAGAGCAAGGGAGUCAGAGUCGCAGUUGUAAGAGGAGUCGUAAGAGCGCUUAUAAUAUUACGACCUUGGGCUAGUGAAAAUCAAAAACUGGAGCUGUAAGCAUUAUCAUAAGCUUGACAGAAUCAGGGUCAUGAGAAUGAGAAAAGUUUCCAUUUUGUUAUGAUUCUGCUUGUUUAAUUCCUUGGUUUUGAUUAUUACAAUCUAGUGAAAACCACAUUGUUGAAGUUGGAAUCAGAAGCAGAAGGAUAAUUAACCAAUCACUGUCACGGCUCAUUUCCAUGCUUUUGUGAUUGGUUUAGUCCUUCCACUUCACUUCUGCUUACAACUCUGGCUAGUUUAGUUUUCAAUAAAUUGUAGCCAACAGAGACAUAGGCAGAAUGGAAAUGCUGUUUUUUACUAAAUAAUAACACUUUAUGAUUAGGCGUCCACAUGAUUGUGACUCCAACUUGUGUCACUAGUUAAGACCAUCCGUAAUAAAACAGGCACAAUACCGACGCUCUGCCUAAAAAACGUUUUCUUAACUACACUUCAAAUAAUAUUAAAAAUACGUAUAUGUGUUGUAGAGAAAAUCUAUACCAAGUAGUGUGCUGUGAUCUUCGGCAGUUCAUGUAUUUUGAUGUUUUCUGGGAUCUGGGAUCUAUUUCUCCAACUCUUUCUUUAUUAGUCCCUUGAGGACUCCUAUCACUACUGGAAUCGUUGUGGCUUUCAUGCCCAACCUUGGUUCAGGCUUGAUUUCAAUUGACAGUUUCCAGUUAUUUUAACUGUUGUUGUUAUUAUUAUUUAUUGUUAUUGCCAUCGUCACCUGCAUUAAUGUUAUUACUGAUGUUAUUAAAAAAUAACUAACAGGUUAUUUUAUCUUUCUUUUACUUUUAAGAUUAAUUUUGCAGACAAGCUUUAUUUGGCUCCACUUACCACUGUAAGUCUAACACAAAAAUUGUCACUUUAAACAGAAGUUGAUAGAGUGUUUGUAAUAUUUUUUAGAUGUUUAAUUCAUGUCUUGUUUACCAGAAUGCAUAUGUAUUUUUAAUAUUUAGGUGGGAAAUCUACCAUUUCGCAGAAUAUGCAAACAAUUUGGGGCAGACAUAACAUGUAGUGAAAUGGCCAUGUCCACAAAACUGCUUCAGGUAAGUAAAAGAGAAUAAAAAUUUAAAUAUUUUCAUUAUAAUAGUCUUGAUUAUGUACAUAAUGUAUUAUGUUAUUUUAAACACUUAAAGUCUGGUCCUGAGAUCUAGAGAAACUGUUAAUUUUGUUUCCUGAGAAUCUCAAUGUUCAUUGAGGGAAACAUUGAGAUUUAAGGGGAACAAAAUAUUGAACUGUUUACUGAGGGACCAGUCUUGAAGUGAUUAAUUUGUAAUAUAUAGCUGGAAAUUUUGAAGCUGGAAAUUCAUUAAACCUCGCUGUAACGGCGGUCGUCGGUCAACAUUUGCAGGCAACAGGGCACUGUUACCCUCUGAUGUCAUAGAUUUUGCAAUGUUGCUCGAACACAUAUUUUGGCAGGAAACAGUUUCAUUGUUAGAUGUUAUAAAUGUGACCUCAAAAUAACCAAUGAGAGCAAGAAAAAAUUUCCUGCAAAACAAUAUGUACAAUGUAUAAUGUAAUUUUUGAUCACAAAUUUCCACUAGUACUAUCAAGACCAAAAAAUUUGGAAAAUAUUGAAUUAGAAUUAGAUUUUAAGAACUCAAAUUGCGCUGAUUCAGGAAUUUUGUUUAACAUAAUAUAUGGCUUUGUUAGUAGCAUUUUGCAAUGACAUAUGAAGGGAAUGUUCAUCUCAAAACUUUCCACCUGAAACUUUUUAAAAGCACUUUUCAGGACUUCUUUGCAAGCAUUAUUUUGUUCUUGGUUCUGUAUAAUUAUGGUGACAGCCAUUUGACAUGCAUGUAUUGUGAAAAGUAUAACAGACCACUGUCUUAGUUUUUCAUUUUAUAAAACUGGUCUUAAUGCUUCACACAUCAUCCAACUUAAAACUCAUGCAUCCAAUAGAAAUGAUGACCACAAAUAAGACAUCGAGAUUUUUGAUAAAGUUCCCAUCACAAUUACCAAACAAAAUUUGUGGAGAGCAGUGAAAAAUAUAUUAGUAAGUGUAAAGUAAAUAAAAUAAUAUAGAACAUAUGUUACAGGUCAAAUUAAAUUCAGGUUAAAAAUUCUUAACCAAGGUUGAUUUUCAAUUUCCUUUGUCCUUUUGAAAAAUUUUAACCUAAUUUAAUUAAUUGACCUGUAACUUAUACAUACUGUAUUAAUUAUGUUGAUCAACAUCUUGACGUGUUGUAACACACAUUGUACAUAUACGUGUAGGCUAGCAUGUCAGAGUGGGCACUUCUCAAACGACACAGCUCAGAGGAUAUUUUUGGUGCUCAGGUAAAAAAUCAUUAUCUAGUAAAAGCUUCUCUACUCUUUAGUUUCCUUUGUGUCUUGCUGCUUUUUAAACUUUCCUGGUUAUUAACAACAGCAGCAGCAACAAAUGACAAGUUUAAGAGUUUAUUAAAUGGCCUUAACCAUUUUCCUCAUUAAAGUCGUGGGAAAAAGGCUCCACAAAAAACUAUCUGCUGUCAAGUGGCUUUGCUACAGGUCAGAAUUAAAUUUAGGUUAGAAUUUUUAAACCUAGGUUGAUUCUCACUUUCUUUUGUCUCCUAGCCCUAAUUAUUCAUGAAUUAAGGCUAGGAGAGAAAAAAAUGAUCUAAAAAGUUCUCCAGAUCGUACUGAAGUAGAAUCCAAUAAUUGCUACAGAAUAUCACGUUAGUAAAUGACUGUAAUCUCUUGGGCAAACAGCAGCAGUUGUAAAGCUGAGCUUCUGAGAAAUAUGUACAAUGCUUUUUAUUCUGCUUUUUUCCUUGUCCAGCUUUGUGGGUCAUAUCCUGAUAGCAUGACAAGAUGUGCGGAACUUCUUCAGAAUGAAGUACCUAUCAACUUUGUGGACAUUAAUAUUGGAUGCCCUAUUGAUUUAGUCUUUAAACAGGUUUGUAAGAAGUUUCCCUCUCCAAAAAAGGAAAUGGGUGGACUAGCGGAAGUUUUUUGCAUUGAGCCUUUAAAUUAUUGUGUAUGAAUACUAGUUUUGAAACCAAUUUCAAGUGCAUGCUUUAAAAAAUCACUUUUGAUGUUAACCUUAGUUCAGUUAGAUUUAAUUAUCUUUCUAUCAUGCAUUAACCCAAGCCAGAGGACUUCAUGGAAACAAUCGUUUCCAGCAGUACCAUGUCAUUACCGUUGUCUCAAAAUAGAUAGAUCUUAAAAACUUGCAGCCAAAGGGCUGAAUUGCGAUAAAGUUUGCAAAUUAAUGUGAUAAGUCACUCGUAAUUAUUGAAAGAUGGUCAUAAUUUACAAUUUCAAAACUGUUGUAGAAUUACAAAUUCAAAUGCAUCCGGAACUGAAAAACAGUUUCCCAGUAACAUUUAGGGAUCAUUCAGUUUACAGAAUUUCACUAUUUUCGACUUAGAUUCUUGACUGAGAAAUUCUUUAGUUACAUGACUGAGCUUAUGUACAAUUUAAAUGUUGUUUAGUAUCUAUCAGUUUUCUUUUGUCUGUCAUCUUGAAUCAUUCCCAAAUUGCAUUGCACAUUACUGCUUUAUGGCUUCCAGUGCGUAGAAAAAAUUAUAUGACUUUGAAAAAAUUGAAAACGUUUAGGAAGUGGAUUCCCAUGAAUUUUCAUGGAAUCAAAAAAUUAUUCAUUAUUGUCACAGAUGGUUUCCCAUGACUUUCGGGCAAGGGACCAAAAAAUCAUUUCCCAAUGACAUUUGAAAUCUUAGGGCUUGCUAACAAUGAAAACCAACAACAGCUCCAACUUGAUUUUUCACAUUUCAGGGAGCUGGCAGUGCCCUGAUGGGUCGAAUGACAAAGUUUGAACAGAUUGUCAGAGGCAUGAAUUAUGUAAGUAAAAACCUAGUUCCUUUCGUGCCUGUAAGCUGUGUGGAUGUACAUUUGGUUGUGAAACAUAGGUCAAAGGCCCAUAUUUUGGCUCUUAGUUUUUCACUUUUGGUCCAGCAGAAACCAUAUUUGGUACAACGAUAAUAUUUUUUCUUCUAACUUGUUCUAUGAAUCCUCUUCUAAUUCAUGUUAUAAUGAAGUUGUUGUUGUUGCUGUCGUUGAUUUUGAAAGCAUAAUCUGAUCAUGUUUCUGCUGACUGGGCAUCGGUUAUUAACCUUAUUUUAAUGUUGCAUUUUUUAUGUUAAAGGUUCUGGAUAUUCCCCUAACGGUGAAGAUGAGAACAGGAAUCAGUGACAAAAAGACAUCAUGGAAUGCACACAAGCUAAUUAGCAAUCUCAAAAUGUGGGAUGUUUCACUUGUAACUGUAAGUGUCUUGGAUAUCAUGAAAUUUACAGCUGUAGUUUGAUAAAUUCACCAUUUUUGCAUAGACCAUAAUGCACAUUGUUUACCCCCUGCAUAACCAGUGCCUUCGAUUUCUCUUGGGACGACUGUAAUACCCAGGAGAAAUUGGAAACAAUGGCUACCGUAAACAAGGUGCAUUUUAUGGACUAUGUGAAGAUAAUGAAUUUAUUUUGAGAUAGCUGGGAGUGUUUCAAGCAAUCAACUUAUCCUGUUUCUAUUUGAUUGUGUUUAUUGCUGGCACUCUAGCUCCAUGGUCGCUCCAGGGAACAACGAUACACAAGACUGGCUGACUGGGAGUAUAUCAAUGAGUGUGCAAAAGCUGCAGCCCCAAUGCCUUUAUUUGGUAAAUAAUCCAUUUUACUUUCGUAUUUAUUUGAUUAAGCCCUCAACCUCAAAUAAGUACCCACCACGAAUAAUCACCUACCCUGUAGAUGGGGAAAUUUAAUGCCUAGCCUCGAAUAAACCACCCACUCCUCCCCCCCCCCAAAGAGUUGACCUUACUAGCAAUGAGAUUAAAAUUGACUAUAAAUAAAGCACUACUGUAGAUGUGUAAGAGACCUUCCCAAAAGACUGAGUUUUCUUAGAAUGUUAAAGAAACUUUCAAAGAACAUUUCCAAUUCUGCUUUCAAAUGGUUGAUUUUCAUGUUUUGUUGUUAUUUAUUGUUUCAUUACCAAAUUAUCUUACUACUUGCUGAAAAAUGGGUGACUGCCCCCGCUUAUCUCGAGGUCUGGAUCCAGCACUGUGGUGCACACCUAUAUUCCACUGUAUGAUUGUUCUCUCCUUUUGCAAUCGGUGCAUGAACAAUUUCUUAGGACUAUGUGACUGUAUUUUUUACCAUUCAGUUUGGAUCUCAACCUUGCAGAACAUAUAAACCGGAAAAUCAGAAGGCUGAGAAGGGGUUGCCAGGAAAACAUAAGGAUACUUAAUCUCACUGGGUUUGUUGUGUCUAAAAACUUCCCCACAACAAAAUCAGUUGAUUUCAUAUCCAAGCAGAUACAUCAAAGAUCGAUCUCCUCAAGAAAAAAAGAAAACCACUGUAGGAUGAAUAACCUUUUUUUUGACAAAGUGGAAAGUAACAAAUGCGAUUUUGUGAUGAUGCCAAAGUUUAAACAGAAUGCAGCAGCUUUGAAGCGACAAGUCUCUGCUGAAUUCAAUUCAAGGGAUAUUGUAGAUCCGACUCAGCUUAUAGCCUACAAUCCAGACUAGAAGGUCCACACCAAUUGCUUCUUUCAGUAGUUUUGUCUUUGUGUGUAAUUGUAAGAUUUUGUACCUGAAAUUGACAACACUAGCGUAACUGGCGCUUGGCUUGGCCUGAUGUGGGUUAUGGACCAACAGCUGACACAUUUCUUGUUUCCUGUGACAGUUUUAAGACUUUAAUUUGCAGUUUCCUGUGGUUUCUGGGGUGGCAAUGAAAAUUUAUGGGAGAUCGUUGCAAGCUCUCCCCUUCUUUCCAACCACUCACACUCUCGCCUCUUUUUGUGUGCUGCUCUCGCAUUUAUGAUGGCUCAUGAGCAUCCUCUUGAGCUAGUGCAUGCUAGCUACAUGGCAAGCUUAAAAACUGACUUUCUCUGCACCCUGAUAAGCCGUGACUAUUCUAUUUCAGGUGGUCAAAGUUAAGUUCUUUCAAGGUAUAGGCAUUAAUAAAUUAUUUAUGUUGUAACUUUUGACAGGCAAUGGAGACAUCCUCUCCUAUGAAGAUGCCAUAUUGCGAAAGGAGCAAACAGGAGUUUCCGGUUUGAUGGUGGCAAGGUACGUACACUUAGUGUUUUUCUUAACCCUUUAAACCCUAUAAAGAGUGAUCAGCAUCAAAUUUCUCCUUGCAAUAUCAAUGCUUUGUAAAACAGAGUGGUCGUGAGAAUUACAGACAUGAUCACACAAGAUCCACUACUUCCGUAUGAAAUGAAUAGGAGCAUCAAAUCACAAUUCUAAUUUUGAUUUUAGGGUUUAAAGAGUUAAAAGCUUAAAGUUGAAAAAAAUUAUUUUAUAUCAUUAAUUUUCUUGUUAUAGGCAGGUCUGAAGCUUACCUGUACAUUCUUAAGGCCUGACUCUCCAUGGCACCAUGAGCUGAAACUGCCAGCCAGCAAUGCAAUGUAAAUGGCGUGCCAGUGUUGGCAAUUUUAUGACUAUGUCUUAAGCUCAUGUCAGUACUUCAAGGUUAACUUCUCCCACAUGUGUUUAUUUGCCAAGAAUAAAGCGUGAAAAGAGUAACAAUAAUUUCAUUUGCACUAAAAUUCAAACUUGGAGAAGUUGUUGCCAGACUCAAACCACUUCAGAAUACAACACAACUCCUCCAUUAUUAUUUUGUGGGCAUUCACAGCACCCUAGUCAAGUGUAUGCAUUAUUGGGGAGCAUGUAUCAUGGACACAGGGAUUGCAUCAGGUUGGAUUUUUCUUUGGGACACAACUGUGCAAAAGUCGGGAGGUGUCCAGAUUAGGAAUUAAAGCGUGAUCUGCUAGGAGAGGGUGUUGUUUAUAAUAUGUGAAUUGUUUUGUUUCUAAAGGGGAGGUCUGAUCAAACCCUGGAUAUUUACGGAAAUCAAGGAAAACAGGUGAGGCCUUCUUGCCUUUUUGUUGAAAAGGCUCUUCUCAACUCGCAGGUGCUAUCAGCUGCGGCCAAUUUGUUUCUUUUCAGUUGCCUGGAGUGGGGUUACAUUUUAUAAAGAAGAGAAGUCUGACAUCACAAAAAUUGAAUUUGUGAAAUUAUAGUAUUAUAGUUGGCUUAUUCUGAGAAAGAACAAGAUAAAUGUAGUCUCCUUGUUAAAAAUUAAUCCUGUUAAUGCAAAUUGUUGGGGUAUUGAUGUUAGCAUUGUUAUGGCCUGAUGAUGAUCGAUCCCAUAAAACUUGGCUUGGAUCAAUCGUAACGUUAACUAUCCAGGCCUAUUUUAAAAGGAUUUAUAUGGAGUCAUCAGAACAUAAUGGUGCUUAUAUAUCUCCCCACCAAUUUGAUUUUUAGCAAGUCAGGCAUAUUUCAUCUUGUCCUUUCUGGAUAUGCCACUCUAUCCCAUAACGUCACAAAUUUAGUUUUUAUGAUAUCAUUGUCACUUCUCUUCUUCAGCAUGACUGAAUGGAAUUUCUUGAACUACAUUAUAGGCACUGGGAUAUCUCAUCAAAUGAACGCUUAGACAUGUUGCGAGAUUUCGUGAAUUUUGGUUUGGAGCACUGGGGAUCUGACUCACAGGUAUGUCAAAUACUGUUAGGUAAAUAACCGCAAGAGUGUUAAGAUAAGAGCAUGUUAUCCAACUCAGGUUACAUGUAUACCACGAGUAGUCAAUCGAUAAAAAUCGGCAAUCAAUAAAAACAAUCAACAAAUAAAAGGAAUCAAGUGAUCACUUUCUUAUGAAAUGAAUUCUGUCGAGAAUUGAAAAUAAAAAACUUAAAUUACUCAAAGUUCUUAACAGUUAAUUUUUGUCCUUUGGUUAAUAAUUUUAUUUUUUGUUUUCAGGGAGUUGAAAAUACCAGAAAAUUUCUUCUGGAGUGGUUGUCAUUCCAGUGUCGGUAAGUUACUGAUUUUUUAGGCUUUGAACUACUUACUAGGUUAAAAAAUUCAAAACGAUCCAAACGUGUUCAACACUAGCUCAUCAUCAGGGUCUAGCCUUUGUUUGCAAGUUAUUUUGAGAGAAACAACAAUACCCGCCUUGAACAUAGGAUAAGAGCGCUAUAGAAAUAAAAUUAUUACCCCUUUCAUUUUUUUUCUAGUGUAUUUUCAAUAUUUGUAUGACGUAACUUAACGAAGGCCUGAUGAAAUAUUAAAUUUGGUAAGAUAUUACGCCCACCCAGGGAGGCUACACCUAUAGUACUUUUUUGUAAUGAGCAAAUAGGGAUGUGCCACUGGAUGGGGUUGCCAUUUCAAGACUGGAUUGACUAUAAAGGGGUUGCCUUUUCAAUAGUGUCACCAGAAUGGGGUCAAACAUUUUGGGGAUUUUGAGGGUAAGAAAAUAAUUCGGGUUAGUAGGAACUUAAAAAUGGAAAGAUUUUUGGUCAAAAAAGUGACUACUGUAAGUAAUUAGUUUGGAUUGCAAAAUUGAUAUAACAUUUGACCGAAAGUGACUAAGAUGGGGUCUAUAAUUGGCCACAGAAUAGACUAAAAUUGGGUAGGGAUUCUGAGAGGCCAGUAGCACAUAUCCAGCAAAAAUUGACCCAAGUACCCCCCCUUCCGGGUGUGUCCAGUGGGUUACAUUUUGUGUCACUACAGGAGCACAUGUCUGUUUGCAGGUACAUUCCGGUCGGACUUCUAGAGCGACUUCCUCAGCGAAUCAAUGAACGACCUCCACCUUAUUUUGGACGCAACGAUCUGGAGACUUUGUUAUCAAGUGGCAACUGUGCUGAUUGGGUCAAAAUAAGGUAAUUAAUGCAGCUCUAGGAAGAAGAGCACAGGCUCAUUUCCCAAACAGUGCUUAUACAGUCGAACCUCCACAUGCUAUCACCUUUUGUAAGCGACUACUUGCCAUAAGUGACUGUAGAUUUAAAACACCCAAAUUUUCCCAGUGAAAGCCUUAAAGUUGGAACCCUUGGAGGGUUUGGGGGUACUCCGGAUUUCCAGUGAUAGGGAUAAGAAAAUGAUUUUUUUGGGCUGGAAAUUUUUGAUUCCGGGAUUUUUUGAUUCCGGAAAAUUUGGCAAGUGAUUUUUUGGGUGGCAUGAUCUAAGAAGGGAUUUUGGGGGGGUAUUUGAAAUAAUCUGAAGAUUGUUGGCUGCGUAAUUCUGCGAAUAAAGUAUAACCAAAUAAAGUAGAACGUGAUAUAUCAUUUAAUGCUUUCUGGAAAUUUUUAAGGCUCGAAAAUUUGGUAAGGGAGUUUUUGGGGUUAAUUUUUGGCCCAGGGAUUUUUGGGGGGUUUUGGUUUUUGCCCCCAUUUGUUUGAUCCUUCCCUUCACUUUAGAUCCGAAUAACCCCCCCCCCCUUCCCCCCGCCCCUUAAAAAAAUGACCAUCUCUCGCAAUAGGGGUGUAACGAUUCAUAUUCCUUGCGAUUCGAUUCGAAUUCGAUUAUUGCCUUUCGAUUUCGAUUAUUUCGAUUUCAUUAUGUGAAUGUUUCUUAAUUCUUGUAACAUAUUGCAUAAUGUACACAACAUGCAACCCUAAACCCUUAAUUUGUCAAUCAUUUUUGUCAAUCAAAAACGCACAUUUUAAAGAGCUCUGGAUUCUGAUUUUACAGUAUAAUAACUCACUGAAGGUACCCUGGAAAAGGUAUGCGAAAAUCGAACCAAAAUCGAAACGUGGAAGCAAAUCAUCUUGAAUCGAACCGAACGGUCAUAAUUGCGAUUAAUCGAGAAUUUGAUUAAUCGUUACACCACUAUCUCGUAAACGACCACGACCACCUUUUAGGAUGACUGGUUUAGAAAUUUCUAUUGUUUUUAACCUCUUCUAAGCGACCACAUACAAUGGUCUCAUCAUUUGGUUCGCUGGAUGUACUACGCCACUUGGAGAAUGAGAAGAACGUUAGAAACAACGUGGAUUUACACAUAUUAUCUAUUAAUAUCACUUACAAAUUGCAUGCAAUACAUUCUCGCCCGGACUUCUCGUAAAAGACCUCCUGCAGUUCAAUUCUCGUAAGUGACACUUCCCUGUAAGUGAGCACUAACUCUUCGCAUUUUGGGUGGUUGCUUAUGAGAGGUUCAACUUUAAUAUUAUUGUUUUUUAUCCUACAGUGAGAUGUUAUUGGGCCCUGUUCCUACUAGCUUUCACUUUCUUCCUAAGCACAAGGCCAAUUCAUACACGGAAACAGAGGGAUAGGAAGUAUUGCUCAAGCCCCUUACACAGAACUAUGUGGAACUCAUCAUGCAUUAUAGUCCUUCGCAAGCUCAAGGCCAACUCGUACACUGAAACAGAGGGGUAGCCAUUGUCACUCUAGCCCUGUCUGCGGAACUGGAAAGGUCUUGCUGUACAUUCAUCUCCACAAAAGACUGCGUGACAUACCUAAGGAGGC